ACAUGGCUACCUUGCCUGCGGAGCCGAGCGCGGGGCCGGCGGCUGGGGGGGAGGCGGUGGCGGCGGCGGCGACCGAAGAGGAGGAGGAGGAAGCGCGCCAGCUCCUGCAGACUUUGCAGGCGGCCGAGGGUGAGGCGGCGGCGGCGGCCGGGGCCGGGGCGGGCGAAGCGGCGGCGGGAGCGGAGGGCCCGGGGUCCCCGGGCGUCCCCGGGUCGCCCCCCGAGGCCGCUGCCGAGCCGUCCACGGGCCUCCGCUUCUCGCCCGAGCAGGUGGCGUGCGUGUGCGAGGCGCUGCUCCAGGCGGGCCACGCCGGCCGCUUGAGCCGCUUCCUGGGCGCACUGCCCCCGGCCGAGCGCCUACGUGGCAGCGAUCCGGUGCUGCGCGCUCGGGCCCUGGUGGCCUUCCAGCGGGGCGAGUACGCCGAGCUCUACCGGCUGCUGGAGAGCCGCCCCUUCCCCGCCGCCCACCACGCCUUCCUGCAGGACCUCUACCUGCGCGCGCGCUACCACGAGGCCGAGCGGGCCCGCGGCCGCGCGCUGGGCGCAGUGGACAAGUACCGUCUGCGUAAGAAGUUCCCGCUGCCCAAGACCAUCUGGGACGGCGAGGAGACCGUCUACUGCUUCAAGGAGCGCUCCCGCGCCGCGCUCAAGGCCUGCUAUCGCGGCAACCGCUACCCCACGCCGGACGAGAAGCGCCGCCUGGCCACGCUCACCGGCCUCUCGCUCACGCAGGUCAGCAACUGGUUCAAGAACCGGCGACAGCGCGACCGGACCGGGGGCGGCGGCGGCGCGCCCUGCAAGAGCGAGUCUGAUGGGAACCCCACCACCGAGGACGAGUCCAGCCGCAGUCCCGAGGACUUGGAGAGGGGGGUGGCUCCCGCGGCCACCGAGGCCCAGGCCCAGGGCUCCAUCUUCCUGGCUGGGGCCGCCUCUGCUGCACCGUGCCCGGCCUCCUCCUCCAUCCUGGUGAACGGGAGCUUCCUGGCCGCCGGCAGCUCCCCGGCCGUGCUCCUCAACGGGAGCCCGGUCAUCAUCAACAGCCUGGCCCUGGGCGAGGCCUCCAGCCUGGGGCCCCUGCUGCUCACGGGGGGCGGCGGCGCCCCGCCACCACAGCCCGGUCCUCAGGGGCCCGGCGAAGGCAAGACCUCCCUGGUCCUGGACCCUCAGACCGGAGAGGUUCGACUGGAGGAGGCUCAGCCUGAGGCCCCCGACACCAAGGGGGCCCAGGUGGCUGCUUCGGCACCAGCUGGAGAGGAGGUCCCUGGGCCUCUGUCCCAAGUGGUGCCUGGACCUCCGCCGGCCGCCAGCUUUCCUCUGGCCCCGGGACCAGUGCCCUCCGUGGCUGCUCCACAAGUGGUGCCCCUUUCCCCGCCCCCUGGGUACCCUGCGGGCCUGAGCCCCACCUCCCCACUGUUGAACCUGCCCCAGGUGGUGCCCACCUCACAGGUGGUGACCCUGCCCCAGGCUGUGGGGCCCCUGCAGCUCUUGGCAGCCGGGCCAGGCAGCCCCGUGAAGGUGGCAGCUGCAGCAGGCCCUGCCAACGUGCACCUGAUCAACUCCGGGGUGGGCGUGACUGCCCUCCAGCUGCCUUCGGCCACCGCCCCAGGCAACUUCCUCCUGGCCAAUCCGGUGUCCGGCAGCCCCAUCGUGACCGGGGUGGCCGUGCAGCAGGGCAAGAUCAUCCUCACGGCCACCUUCCCCACCAGCAUGCUGGUCUCCCAGGUCCUGCCGCCCGCCCCCAGCCUCGCCCUGCCCCUGAAGCCGGACGCGGCCAUCUCAGUGCCCGAAGGAGCCCUCCCGGUGGCCCCCAGCCCCGCUCUCCCGGAGGCCCACGCCCUCGGCCCGCUUUCCGCACAGCAGCCGCCGCAGCCGCCCCCCGCCGCCGCCACUGCCGCCGCCAGCCUGCCCUUCUCCCCAGACUCCUCGGGCCUCCUGCCGGCUUUCCCGGCGCCCCCGCCCGAGGGGCUCAUGCUGUCGCCUGCGGCCGUGCCAAUCUGGCCGGCGGGGCUGGAACUGAGCACAGGCACGGAGGGGCUGCUGGAAGCGGAGAAGGGGCUGGCGACGCAGGCCCCCCACACCGUUCUGCGGCUGCCAGACCCCGACCCCGAGGGCCUGCUCCUGGGGGCCACAGCGGGUGGCGAGGUGGAGGAGGGGCUCGAGGCCGAGACCAAGGUCCUGACCCAGCUGCAGUCGGUGCCUGUGGAGGAGCCCUUGGAACUGUGACCGGGGCCUCACCGCCCAGCCUGACAAUGGUGCUUGCGAUCCGCACGCCCGGCGUGGGGGCCUCAAACACAAGCGCUGCCGUCGGAAGGGCCACACACUACAGCCCCCAGCCGGGCACCUCCCCAGGCCCCGGGGGCGCCGGGACUCAGCCCCACCCCGUCUGGGGGCGCCGUCCCUCUGAACGGGAGGCCUCCUGUUAUAGCCCUCCGGCUCUGCCCCCGUCUGUGGGGACAUUCGGGGACCCUGACUCCGGGGCUCGGCCCCCAUGACCUGGUACUAGCUGUGAGCUGCAAGCCCUGCCAAGUGGCUGGAUCUGCACCCCUCGGGCCCUCUCCUGUCACUCCCUGCGACACUAUGAAUAGCUCCGCUGACGCCCGUCCUCAGAACCGCCUGGAAUCCGAGGAGGGAGGAGGGGCGGCCCGCACCCAGACCCCAGCCCCUCCCGGGGGGCCGUCCCUGCGGAACGGAUGCGGGUGGGGAGGCCUGGGGAGUGUCCCCGUUAUCACGUCCAGCCCCAGACCAAAGACCCCCUCGCCCCGGGGCACCCCUGACCCCUGUGUCUAGUUUGUAUCCUAAAUCUUUAUUUUUCUAGGACAUGUUAUGCCUCCGUUUCAAUUAAAAUAAAGUUAACAGACAGCUAGA